AUGAAUGUCAUGGAACUGCAACUGAUAUCAUUUUUAUUACUUUUGUCAUAUUCAAGCGAAUCUUUGUCCGACAAAGAAUGUAAUAGAAUAAAAUUUGAGAGUAAAUGGUACAACAAAGAAGUUCUCUGGUCACACGUUGGACGGGCAUUUAAUCUCAACGUCCAUAGACGCAGCAAUACACUUUUUUUUAGUUUUUCAGUUUUAGAUACAUAUUCUGACGUCAAUUUCCAACUGGCGUAUUACAAUAUUGAUACAAGAGAUUACUCGGUUAUUGCGGGAAUUGCAGAUGGCUGCGCUGUGGCUAUAGAUCAAAAGAAUGAUGAAAUAUACCUGGGUGGAAGUGAUGGUAUAUAUAAGUUCAAUAUGGUUACAACCAUUGCUGAUUUCUAUAAACAAAAGGGAAAAAACAUAUGGAGCCUCUUUUAUAAGCGAAACCUGUUUUAUAUAAACUAUCCAGAUCAACAACUGUUUAUGAGAGUGGACGAUAAAUUUGCUAAAGUGAAAGAGUUCGAAAAAUUUCAAAUUGAUUACUUUUAUGUUAGUAAUGUUAAUGAAAUAAUAUUUUCGAAUAAGACUGGACUUUAUAAAUAUAAUGCUGCUACAGGAAUUGCUAAUAUUAUCAAUGAGUCGAUAACCGUACGACAGAUUUCUGAAGACACUUAUGGAGAUGUGUAUAUCUGUUCUAAUGUUGGUUUAUAUAUUUACCAAAACGGUAUAUUGAUCAAAAUCUUAGAUAUGAAGAACUUGCAUGGUGUCGCUUUUGAUAGAGACAAUACAUUAGUAAUGUCGACUCAAAAAUCAGUUUUUAGAUUAGUUCCAAGUAAUACUAGUUGCAUUAAGGACACUGAAGAGGAAAUAUGGUAA